CCGACGGUCUCUUUUCCGCGUUGCACACAACAAUGUCUCAGAGAUGAUGUGGAGCUUCUUGGGUUUAAGUGCCAUCGAUAUUUUGUGGUGUUUUCUGGCUUCGUGUUUCUUUGUGGCUUUUUGUGCGCACAAAGUCUCGUCGGGCAAAUACGAAUGUCGAGUUUACGCGAUAUUUCAGGAUCUGAUUCGUUACGGAAAAACCAAACAAAAUAUCAAACGCGACGAGUGGAUGCGGCUGUUCGACGUCCCUAAGAGGUGGUUCUGGCACUUUUACGCCAUCUCUGUCAGCUGGAAUGGUCUUCUUCUACUCCUGCACCUUAACUUCAUCUAUCAGCAUCAGCCGCAUCCAUCAUGGCUGACUUGGAUAUUAGACGUUUUGACAGGUGUACCAGGAGCCGACAGUCAAGCCCCACAGCUGUCCACUCUGCUGGUGCAGCUGCUGCUCUGUGUCCACUCCCUCAGGAGACUGCUGGAGUGUCUGUUCGUCAGUGUUUUCUCUGAUGGAGCCAUGCAUCUGGUGCAGUAUGUGUUCGGUUUGGGGUAUUACAUCGUGCUGGGGUUGACGGUGCUCUGCUCGGAUCGCACGGGACAAGGGACUGGCGCCCUCCUCUCGCAGCUGGAAUGGCUUCAUGUGGCUGGGUUUGUACUUUUCAUUGGGGCCUCAUUGCUGCAGCAUCAGUCUAUAGUCCUGCUGGCUGGACUUCGCACCGGAAAGUCAGGAAGAGUGGAGACCUUGGCUCACAAAGUGCCGAAUGGAGGCUGCUUCGAGCUGGUUUCAUGCCCACACUACUUUGCUGAGCUGCUCAUCUAUGUCUCACUGAGUUUUGUUUUCAGAGGUGUUUCUUUGACCUGGUGGCUUGUGGUCCUUUAUGUGCUCUUCAACCAGGCGCUGGCAGGACAGCUUUGUCACGACCUCUACAUCAGCAAAUAUGAUUCAUACCCAAGACACAGAAGAGCGUUUAUACCUUUUGUGCUCUGAAUGCUCUGGUGUCGCUGUCUGUAAUGAGAAAUGAGAAGUCCCAUCGCAUCCAUAGAUAUCUGAGGAGCUGAAGGUGUAGGAGUGAGACUCACCUCUUUCUGAGCACUGAAUAACAAGCUCGUCUGGAGCUGCUUAGAGACGAAGAGGACAACUCUGGCUCUGCAAAUGUGAAUUUUGGAAUAAGUCUGUUUCUGAUGUGAAAGUACUGUAAAAGUCUGCUACACUUGUUCAUUACAGGGAGAACUUGCUUUUGUCAUUCCAAAGUGCUUUAAUGCAGUUUAUUAUUAUUGUGUAUUAAAUUACUGUGUUGGAAUUGA